CCUGUCUUAUUCUUUGCUAGUGGGAUGAAAGCACAUGAAAGGGGUGUUGACGGGCUUGGCUCGAUAGGGGUCCUCAAACCACUGGACUGCGCCUUGCAUUGUGUCUGCGCCCCUCGUCGACAGAACCACUAUUGACCUUAUUUCCCCCGUUUGUCCUCUCAUCACAUAGCACACCAAGUUUUCGUGGUUGUUGAUGGAGCCCAAAGUUCAGGCGUCUUGGAAGGAUCCUGUCAACCGCCGACGGGCUGUGGGCGGCGCGAGUAUUCCAGCCGCCACAAAGUGGGCUUGGUCAUAUUGAUCCAUCUGUCGAGUGGCAUCAGCCGUUCGCAACCGACUGGAAGCUUGCGACUACCAUCAAGCGUUAUCGCCCAGUAGCGAGACUUUAUAUCCUGUAACCUACCGCCUUGUAAGGCAUCUUCGAAAGUGGCUCGAUGCUGUUGUCGCUCAUGGCCCACUCCCGUCAUUUUCAACCUGGGUGUCCUUCCUUUCGCCCAUCCAGUGAAGAAAAGCCAUGUGAUGCAUUGAAAACGGAUUGGGCGUGCAUCAACUGUGGACAACGACCGGGGCGACGCCGACGAGGCUUAUGCAAAUCUAGGGUCAUGGCUCUCAUAUCAGCGGCUCGUCAGUAACCCUCAUGACCCGACGUUCAUGCAGUGUAGCGUGUGUCACAUCUCAGAGCCUAUCAGAGACGCAUGGGACGUGAACCGGUUCUACUGUAGCGGCCCGCGACAUAUCUAGCCAUUCGUGACGAUAGGCCUGUCGUUGGGCACCAAUGGAACGAACAGCGCACUCUCCUCGACCGCCAGAAAGCUGGAGCGACCUAUGACAGUGAUCUUGCAAAACUACGGCGUUGCGUCGGCGAACGAGUGGAGCU